AUGGGAGGCUGUGUAGCACUAAAUUUCGCAUGUGAUCAAGCAGUGAAUCAAACCUGCAGCUGCUUAUUUGGUAAUAGAAAUUACAUUUAUAAGAUGAAGGCUAAUCUCAAGGCUCUGGAUACAGCUAUGCAAAAACUUGAAGAAAGGCGAGAUGAUCUGUUAAUAAGAGUUUCCAUAGAAGAAGGUAGAGGUUUGGAGCGGCUUGCUCAAGUUCAAGGAUGGUUGUCAAGGGUAGCAAGUAUUGACUCUCAGGUCAGUGAUCUGCUUAAGGUUAAACCAACUGAAAUAAAAAGAUUGUGUAUUUUUGGAUAUGUUUCCAAAAAAUGCAUAUCAAGCUGUAAGUAUGGUAAAGACGUAUGGAAGAAGCUGGAAGAAGUUAGAGAGCUUCUAUCUGAAGGGGUUUUUGAAGAGUUGGCCAGAAAAAGACCUGCACCAAAGGUGGGGAAGAAACAUAUCCAAGCAACAAUAGGUUUGGAUUCAAUGGUUGGAAAGGCAUGGGAGAGCAUCAUGAAAACUGAAGGAAGAACUUUGGGUAUUUAUGGGAUGGGGGGAGUUGGAAAAACAACCCUCUUAACUAGAAUCUACAACAAAUUCAUGGAAGAGGUGAAUGAAUUUGAUGUUGUGAUAUGGGUUGUGGUCUCCAAAGAUUUGCAAUACAAGAGCAUCCAGAAUCAGAUUCUAGGAAGAUUACGUGUUGACAAGGAAUGGGAAAAGGAAACAGAGGAGGAGAAAGCAUUUUCCAUAGACAAAAUCCUAGGAACAAAGAAAUUUAUAGUGCUGUUAGAUGAUCUGUGGAGCGAGGUAGAUUUGGACAAGAUUGGAGUUCCACGUCCAACUCAAGAAAAUGGAUCAAAGAUAGCUUUCACCACUCGCUCAAAGGAAGUUUGCAGAUACAUGGAAGCUGAUGAUGAGCUAAAAAUUAAUUGUUUGUCAAGGAAUGAAGCGUGGGAACUGUUUCAAAAUGUAGUUGGACAAGUCUCAUUAAAGCGGCAUCCAGAUAUUCCCACACUUGCAAAAAAAAUUUCUGAAAAAUGUUAUGGCUUGCCACUUGCACUCAAUGUGAUUGGGAAAGCCAUGUCAUGUAAAGAGGAUGUACAUGAAUGGCGUCAUGCAAUUGAUGUUCUCAAUACGUCUAGCCACGAGUUUCCAGGUAUGGAAGAUAAGCUUCUUUCAAUUUUGAAGUUCAGCUAUGAUGGUUUAAAGGACGAAAAGGUGAAAUCAUGCUUCCUGUAUUGUUCUUUGUUCCCGGAAGAUUAUGAAAUAAAGAAGGAGGAGUUGAUAGAGUAUUGGAUCAACGAAGGAUUUAUAAAUGGAAAGAGAGAUGAAGAUGGAAGUAACAACCAAGGCCAUGUUAUAAUUGGCUCAUUAGUUCGUGCGCAUCUAUUGAUGGAGUUGGAAAAAGAAUUCACACCCGCUGUGAAAAUGCAUGAUGUGCUACGUGAAAUGGCUCUUUGGGUAGGGUCUACGUUUGGAAAAGAGGAAGAGAAACAGUGCGUCAUAUCCGGUGUGAAGCUAAGCCUUAUACCAAAGGACGACGACAUCAACUGGUCAGUUUUGAGAAGGAUCUCGUUGAUGAGUAAUCAAAUUGUAAAGAUGACAUCUUACUGUCCCAAAUGCCCCAACCUUUCGACUCUAUUUCUCGGGGAUAACAAGUUGGAGGGUAUACCGGGUGGAUUCUUUCAGUUUAUGCCAGCACUUGUCGUCUUGGAUCUUUCCCGUAACCGCGACCUUAGUGAAUUGCCGGAAGGAAUUCGCAGCUUGACUUCCUUACAAUACCUCAAUUUAUCAUACACAGGUAUAAGUUCGUUAUCAUCAGUAACUGGUUUGAAGGGGUUGAGGAAACUAAUAAGCCUGGACGUGGAGUUUACCAGGCUUGAAAGCAUUGAUGGGAUAGGAACAAGCUUACCAAAUCUUCAGGUGCUGAAACUUUUUCAUUCUAGUGUUAUUAUUGAUGCAAGUUCAAUUGGAGAGCUUCAACUUUUAGAGCACUUGAAGAUUUUAACAGGAAACGUGAUAGAUGCUUUAGUUUUGGAAAGUAUCCAAAGAGUGGAGCGACUGGCGAGUUGUGUUCAACGCCUUUGGAUUAUCAAUUUGUCCGCCAAGGUUUUGACAUUGAACACGGUAGCUCUGGGUGGUCUUCGAGAACUUGAUAUUGAGUUGUCCGGAAUCUCAGAGAUAAAGAUAGACAAGGAAGAUCUUCUAUGUAACACUUGUCCAUGCUUCAAGCAUCUCUCAAGUAUUUCUUUACGCAGUUUGGAAGGUCCAACAGAAUUGACCUGGUUAUUGUUUGCUCCAAAUCUCAAGCAUCUAGAGGUGGCAUAUUCAGGAAGCCUGGAAGAAAUAAUAAAUCAGGAGAAACGAAUGCGUAUUGGCAAUGUACAUCCUGAUAUGAUGGUUCCCUUUCAGAAGCUAGAAUCCCUCAGUUUAAGGGGUUUGGAUGAAUUAAAGAGAAUAUGCUCAAAUCCUCCUCCUCCCACUCUUCCAUCCCUGAAAAAAAUUGUUGUCGAACACUGUCGAAAGCUCCCCAAAGCUGCCACAGAGAGUUUCCGAGACAUGAACAGGAAUAAUGAAGUUGAUGAAUGAGGCUCCCAAGCCCCCAUUGCAUAUGUCAUGUGUGUGUGUGAGUGUAUCCUUUCAGUUCUUCUUUUACUUGAAUGGCAUUGUUGUCAAAUUUGUAUUUCUUAAACCUGGAAACUUUUCAUUGUUUUCAAAGUUGUAUUUCUUAAACCUGGAAACUUUU